UGCGCAGCCGCGAGAGGGCGGUACCACGGCGGCUGCGACAUGGGGGGGCGCGGAGCAGACGCCGGAAGUAGCAGUGGUACGGGUCCCACCGAGGGGUACUCACCGCCGGCAGCGUCCACCCGAGCCGCGGUGAGAGCCAAGGCCCGAGGGGGUGGGCGUGGCGGCCACCGAAACACAACACCCACUGUUUUCUCUCCUCGCGGAGCGGCGCCGCGUCGCUCCCCUUCACCGGCUGCCAUGAGCGAGCGCCUCCGGCCCAGAAAAAGGAGAAGGAAUGGCAGUGAAGAAGACCACCAUCUUCCCCCGCAGACCAAAAGGAGCAGUAGAAACGCUGUCUUUCACGACUCCUGGGACACAGAGACAGUACCUGUAAUGAAAAACAAAGAAAACAAACUAAGAGGAAACAAAGUUUUCUGCGCGUCUUCAAGCAGUGAUAGUGGUGGCAGCAGCAGCAGCAGCAGCAGCAGCAGCAUCAAUAGCCCAGACAGGGCCAGCGGGCCAGAAAGCAGCUUAAACCACAUCGUCGCCGGGUCCAGCCCCAAUACCCCUCAGCCCAUGCCCGAGCAGUCUGCACUAUGCCAAGGCCCCUACUUCCACAUCAACCAGACCCUGAAGGAGGCCCAUUUCCACAGCCUGCAGCACCGAGGACGGCCUCCAACUUGACGGGCUGGCGGUUUCUUGCCUUCUGUGAAGGGACAGCACUGUGCGGAUUUGAUAUUUCAUCUUACGGUGUUUUAAAAAAUUGCACAAAAAAAAAAAUGCCUGUUGGCUUUUCAGUCUAUAUUUGAAAUAACGGGUUAACAGGCAGUUGUUUACUUGUGGUUUUGCUGCACUAUUGCAAUUUCAAAGGGGCUUUGAAGCAAUUUUUUAUAGGAUUCUUUUGAGGGUGGGUAUCCAACCCAUGUCAAGGUAUGAGGAAAUCUCAUCUGCGUGUUGAAUCCAUAGUUUGUCCAAUUCAGAUCGAUUUCCAAAUCUGUCAAUUAGAAAUUCUACUUUAUGUAAAAAGGCCUUUUAAAAAUGCAGGAUCUUCAGUUUUUUAAAUUCAAUAAACUAGUAAAGAGUA